GCACCAUGUCACUGGCCGCUAUAGCCUAGCCUGCUAAUUUGGCUAAUCUGAUUUAUCGUCUCGUCCCGAGAGCACGUAACGUCGGCCCAAGCCUUAACAAUUUUAGUCCCUCGCCUCUCUACAGAUUCACGCCAUAUCCGCCCGACGCCGAAGAGCCUCUUGUUUCGAGAAUGGCGUCGCUUGGGGAGCCUGUGCGUUUGGAAAGAGAUAUUAACAGGGCCAUUGAACUGCUUGACAAGCUCCAGAGAACAGGGGAAGUUCCUCCUCAGAAGCUGCAAGCCUUGCAGAAGGUCUUACAAAGUGAAUUCUGUAAUGCUGUCAGAGAAGUGUACGAGCAUGUGUAUGAGACCGUGGACAUUAACAGCAGUCCUGAAGUCAGAGCCAACGCUACAGCAAAGGCGACUGUGGCAGCAUUUGCAGCCAGUGAAGGACACUCGCACCCGCGUGUUGUAGAACUGCCCAAAACAGAAGAAGGCCUGGGAUUCAACAUCAUGGGUGGAAAGGAACAAAAUUCUCCCAUUUACAUCUCACGGAUCAUCCCGGGCGGCAUUGCCGACCGACAUGGUGGCCUGAAGAGAGGCGAUCAGCUUUUGUCCGUCAACGGUGUCAGCGUGGAAGGUGAGCACCACGAGAAAGCCGUGGAACUCCUCAAAGCAGCUCAGGGCACGGUGAAGCUGGUCGUUAGGUACACCCCCAAAGUCCUCGAGGAAAUGGAGUCACGCUUUGAGAAAAUGAGGUCGGCGAAACGUCGGCAGCAGAACAACUAUCCCCAGUAGGGUUGUUUCAUGUCGACGCCAGCUCUUAUGACUCUCCUCCUCCAGCCUUCAGGCCAUCUGUUCUGGUCUCUUUUUCUAUAUUCUCACUCAAAAAAAACAUUUUAACCUACACACACACAUAGUUUUAGUACAUCCACGCGUGCUAUAUGUUAUACUUCUACCACGUUUUGCAGCGUUUUAAAUAUUCACCAAUGGUUACUGUACCCGAAGUCUAAAUAUGGCCACCAAUCAGAAAACCCUUUCAUCCUCUUGCUGGACUGUCCAGUAUUACAACUGUGACAUGCUUACCUGCUUCUUAAAGCAGUGAUUGAAGGGGUUCACAGUUUGGUUUGCUGAGAUUCCACUUCACUCGCACGUUGUGCAUUACUUUAAAAACAAAAGGCAAUUUGAAUGUGAUCUUCCACAAUGGUCUUUUAACAAGGAAUGGUGUUAGCAAUUUUAUUUUAUUUUUUACAAGCUCUUACAAAGCCUGUUACUACUCUUUUCAGUUAAUCUCAUUACAAAUAGUACAUGGAAGAAAAAAAAAAUGUUUAACACUAUAAAUGUGCACAAUGAAAGCAGUGGGUUUGCCGUGUGGAGGUUUUGCUGUGCCACACUACAGCAGUGUGGAGACACAUUCACCUGAAUAUAAAAGAUGGUUCUUUUGUUCCCAGCAGUUAAAAACAUGCCCUGUACCGAGCACAAAACAUCCAUCAUGCACACACACGCUUAACAGCUGCACUAUAGUAGCAUGUUUGUUUACACUUUGUUUUAGGCUCACAGUGUGUAAAAUAGAGCGUUUAAUUAUUUGUGCUCUGACUUCCUGAUUUUAACAAGACGUGCGGCAUCGCAAGAUAACGCCAUUCUCAAAAAGUGCACAAACCUUUGCAAGGCGAGACUUGGUAUCAAAGUUUCAUUUAGUGAGACAUAUUUGGAAAUUUAACUUAACAUGCACCCGUCUUGGGAGUACUUUGUAAUGUAAUAUUUUGUGUACGAAUACACAGUUGUACUCAAUCGCCGUCUUUUCUGUACAUGCUUAGAAAAUCCCCGUCAUGACGAUAUAUUAACAACUCCGUGCUACCAUGUGAUCUUUCAGUCAAAUACCUUAACCUCCUCAGACCUAGUAAAUGUUAAAUUUCUCAAAAAUCAAUAUAUAAAUGAGUUUUUUGGGGGGGGGUCAGAAAUAUUUUUGCUCACUUUUUAUGCAAUGUUUACUUUCACAGUGGAUAAUAUCUGCGGUAAUGAUAUUUUUGUAAUCCAUCAUAUUUUUUUGUGUUUAUACAACAGGGAAAAACAUUUUAAUAAAACAAACUGAAAUGAUUUACACUUGCCAAUAUAUUUGUAAAGUUGUAUUAAGUGUAGAAAAAUGUCGCUUGAACUUCAACUUUUCUUGGGUUCAGCGUUUUAUAAAUAUUGUGCCACACUUUUUCAGUCAUAUUUGAAAAUUAUAAAGCAGCUUUUCGUCUUGGUUGCAGUUGUGGCGUUAACUAUCUUACUUCUCUAGUGGCCCUAAAUCAUGCUAGCAGCCAUUUUGGGAAGACCAUUUCAUUGAACAAACCCUCUGCUCAGCACAACCCUUUUUAUGCCUGUGUGUGUUUGUAGCACUAGAAAUAUGGUUAUAAAAAUGUAUUGUUGGGUCUCAGGAGGUUAAUUAUCAAAAACACAAUGUGACAUGAAGGAAAACCAUUGUAACAAGUUGUUACUGCACUAUGUCUUACUUGGAUAUUUCCCAAUGUCAUGCAAAGAAUGUCGCAAGAUGUACAAAUGUUGAUUAAGUGUCAAAGUGAAAAACAUAAUACAAAGUAACUAUGCAAAGUAUUUAAAAAGAAAACUGGGGCAUGUAACCUCAAUUGCUGCAAAAUAGAUUGUUUAAAUAAGAAUGUCAAGCAGAAUGUGUCAUGGCCUGUGUGAAGUCGACACGUUCAACAAGCACAGUUAAAUACAAGUAACUUUGAAAAUGCUUGGGCCUUCACUUUUAAGGUUCGUUAAUUAGCUGCAAUAUCCGUGUUGAUAGCAAGCCAUGUUCAUGAGGCAUCUGACGUGUACAUAAUCUUUUGGGAUAUCCUAAUAUAUUUUUAGCUUAGCUACAUGUUAGAUUUCAUGCUGGCACGCAUUGUAACCCACUGAAUGUCUCUGUGCAUCAUCUGACGUGGUUGCAAAAUGUUGCGAAUCACCCUUCAAGUCUUCGUGUUGGGAUGGUCAAUAGAGUAUUUUUUAUAAUAGCUUUCUUUUUCAAUUUUUCUAAGUGUUUUUUGCUAAGAAAACAAAAAUCCAAGGGGCGAUGUGAGUUUGCGCUGAGUGCUUAGCAGGGCCGCAUGAGGCAUUUUUUGGUUGGUAUGACUGUGCAGACAAACUGGCCUAAAUCAAGGCUCCCUUCUGAGAUCUUGACUGAUUUUUGUGCUCCUUUUAACUCCAAGACCAAACUUACAGCAUCUUUGAAGCUUUUGAUAAUGUUUUAAAAGCUAUUUUAGUCUGUGCUUGUUUUUUUUUCUUUAUCUGUAGAUCGUGCUGUUUAUUUUUGUUUUGUUUUUGAUGUUGUUCAUGUGGAAUGUAAAAUGUAGUAAGUAAUAAAAGUGAAAGCUAAAUAAACUUAAUUUAAGUGUCA